GCUAAGGACAUGAUGUUCCCUAUAAAACACCUGUCCCUAUUGCUACUCCUCCAGACCCUCUCUUUCUCCGUCCUGUCUGCCUAUGAGGCCCCUGAAGACAAGGAGGACAUUUUUGCCAGUAGGGCCUGUCCUGCCUUCCUUGUGUUUGACAACGCUGCCUAUUUGGCUGACAUGACCAUAGAACUGCCCUGUCACUGUAAGCCUGAGGAGGCCCACUCUGUGGUGUGGUACUACCAAAAACAGCUGGGCAGCCCAGACACCAGGGCCCUCACUGACUUCCAGGGCACCUCUGUGGUAGACUCAUCCAAAGUGGGCCGGGGAGGGGACCUCCGGAGCAGGUUCUCCAUCCGCCUCUUCAGUCUGCUCAUCUUCAGAGCCCAGAAGGAAGACUCGGGCCACUACCUCUGUGGGACGACCAAGGGUGACUUCUUCUAUGGUUAUGACGUGGACGUCCAAGAGGCUCACAGGGUGUCCUUUCCCUGGAGUCGUGCCCAAAGACGGGGGAGAGCAGCAGCAGCAGUGGCGGCUAGGGCGGCUUCGAGAUCCAACCAGGAUCUUCCACUCUACCAGGUGUUCACCAGCUUCUGGCCGUGGUCCGUGUGCGACCGCUGUGGCAUCCGAGGUGAGCAGACACGCAUAGGGCUCUGCUACGUGAAGACCGACUACCUCCACGUGCGCUACAGGCGGACAUCUCCGACGGUGGCCUCUUGCGGCUCGUCUGCUGUGCCCCAGCGCUUUGGCCUCACCCAGGCCAACCACCAGGGGGCAGAGCUGGGGGUGCGGAGCUGCCAGGUCCCCUGCCCCCCCAGCUUCAUCCCCCAGCCAGAACACCAGGCACUGCUGGAGUUCCUGGGCUACAAUGAGCCAGCAGCGCCAGGAGUCCCUGUCUACUACCACAACCACCCAGUGGACACCCCACUCAUCCUCUCCUGCCCUGGGGCCAAACCUCAGCACGCGGUAGCCUGGGACCAAGGCUCUAGGCCUCUGUACCGAUCCCAGUACAUGGAGGGCCUGAAUGAGACCUCCCAUCUCUUCAUAGACACAGGCCACCACCUGCACUUCAGCCCAGCAACACAGGAGGACAGAGGGUCCUACUACUGCUGGAUCCAGGGGAAGAGGGCUGCUCAGAUCAGGCUGGGGGUGUACUACCGUCUGGGCCGCAAGCGUCUGCUCUCUGACCCUGAGUCUCUCUAUGCCCUGAGGAUUAUUCUCCUCUGCUAUGGGGGGAUGACUGGGGUAUUUGUUUUGAUAGUGCUGUUGAAGUAUACCUGGCGCACAGUAAGACCAAAAGUAGCCAAAUACUAGAGAUGUGCUUGACACUUGA